GAAAAAAAUGAAAGCUAAAUUGUUAAUAUCCUUAAUAUUUUCUCUUUUUGUUUUUGUUAAAAAUGAUAGUAAUUGGCGUGAUAGUUGGGAAGAUUCUUCUUUUGAAGAUGAAGAUUAUGAUCCAGAAUCUAAAACUCAGGCUACAAAGAAAAACAAGCACCAGCUCGAAUUUAUGUAUGCGAUAAGUCCAAAAGAAAGUGUUUGUGAAUGUAUUCGUGGCGGGAAUCAAACAUUAAAGUGUGGAGCUCAAGGCUUAAACAAUGCCAAUUUAAUUGUGCCAAAAGAAAUAGGGUCUAUAGCUAUUGCACAUUUGGAACGUAAUUAUAUUAGUUAUCUUUUUAAGAAUAAAAUACUUCCUGGCCAAGAAAAAUCUUUACUUUCAUUGGACCUUUCUCAAAAUAGAAUUGCUGAUAUAGAGCCUGGUUCUCUUGACAAUUUUGUUAAUUUAUUAGAAUUAAAAUUAACUCAAAAUAAUUUGGACGAGCUAAGCGAUGAUAUUUUCACAAAAUUCCUUGGAUCCUUACAUCAAUUAUAUUUGGAUUAUAAUUUUUUAAGUAAAUUGGAUGAUGGUGUAUUUAACAACCUUAAAAGUCUUCGAAAAUUAAUACUUGAUGGAAAUAAAGAACUGGAAAUUUCAAAAAAAGUUUUAUCUCCAUCACUUAAAAAUUUGGAAAUUCUCUCCCUCGAUCGCUGCUCUUUAGACAAAUUAGAUGAUGAUUUGUUUGAAAAUUUGCCCAAUCUUCGAGCUCUUUCAUUAUCUGGCAAUCCACUUCGUUCUAUCCCCAAAGCUAUAUCUCCAGAAAAGUUACCAAAACUUGAAAUACUUGUAAUGUCAGAUACUUACUUGGAGGCACUCAAUAAUGGGGAAUUGGCUGCAGCGGCGCCUAAACUUAAAAAAUUUUGUAAGGAAAAUUAG